GCAGUGGUCACUUAAUUGUUUCCGGAGCUGUAUAAAAUCUCUUCACUUUCGAUCUGCGCUAAUCUCGUUAUGAUGUCGAGCGACAAAACAACACGUAAAAAACGUACAUUGUCAUGACGAUACAACGGUCAUAAUUUUAAACUAGGCCUAUGGUUAUAUUCAAUUCACACACAUUUGUCCUAAUAGAUGUUGCCGAUGGUUCGUCCCUUCGUCUUUUAGAAAACUGUCCUUUAGUUUUUUUUCCCCGUACACAAAUUAACUAUGCAAAUUAAUCUGGGUCUGUACCAUAAAACAUGAGGGUUUUUUAAAAGUAUAACAAUUUUUAGAGGGGGAAAACACCGGUAUAAGUUACAGAUGGAUAUAUGUUUUUGGCUGAAAUAAUGCUUAGCACGUUAUUCAUAACAGAUGAGUCAACCAUGUCGGGAAGUCGACCCCAAUUGAGCCAAGUGAGACCCGCGGCUCCUAGGCUGCAGCUGUUUAGUGCCGCCUCGUAGAAACAGCAGCGAGUCACAUUAAUGAACCCAAGCAUUUUUACUGAAUCUUUUCACGGUACGCUACAUAGAAAGCCGCGUGCUACUAGCACUGCCAAGGACAGUUGGCAUGGUCGGAUGGAGAAAUAAUCCAACUACACUGUCAUUCUGCUGACUCACCCCCUUCGGCAGCACUUGAUGUGGUGUGGUAGAAAAUAUGUCCGAACCACAAGACAUUCAGAAACCUCAAAACCUUCAGUCUUCGCAUGUAUAGUUAGAAAAUGUGUUAUUGGCUAACAUUCAGUUAUGUCUUACAGAAGGCACAUUUAAAUACUAAAAACAACCUAACAAUCAACACAAUUUGGCUGUUCGUUACGGACAAUACCUCGUUAUUAUUGGCUAUUUAUGUGAUGUUUUUAGUUUUCAUAAAACAAGACUUAAUCGGCUCAUGUACGAUGAUUGUGAAAAUGAAUGAAUGCAAGCAUUGGACAAAACGUGUAGAAUUCAAUGAAAGCGCGCUUUCCGCUACUGUCAAAAAAAGGAACCCCAGGAUCACAUUCUGGAGGAAACACACCAUAUGUGGUCACAUACGUCAUCCAAACGUGACCUGCAGAAAACGGACGAGCCCAUUUGGAGGGGUGGAAAAAUACUAUGGUAUCGAUUUGGUCGUUAAUAUUUCCACUAUCACUCAAUACCUUGUAGGGUAACUUAAUUGAGGUAUGAACGUAAAUAGUAUUUACUUAAAAUAAUUAGGAGUUUAUGUAACACAUAAGAACAAUAAUUUCUUUAGCAGUUUGAUUUUCCCCUUUCACACUGCAUCUAGCUACUUAUUUCCCGCAAUAAGGUGGGUGUGCCCUUGGUUUGAAUAGUGAACGUGUUACUUUACCCGAACACUAUUCGGGUGGUCAUCAGUGAACUUGUCUGGAUUACUUCGUACACAUCGCGAAUCUGGAUAGCAGCUUACAGUAAAGAAACGAUGUACCGAAACUUUGGAAACUUAGGCAGAGGGGGCAGCUCUACGUUCUCCAACAGCGAGUCUGGAUCACCCCAGACCGGAUCGAGCCCUGUGUCCCAGAGCACCAGCACCGCUCCGACUCAACAAGAUCAGAAGUUUACUGUGGCAGGAAGCAGCCACUUCGUCCCUAGUUUGAAUGCCAUUACCUCCAACCAAGACCUCCAGUGGUUGGUCCAGCCCUCCCUGAUGGGGCCUCCUGGCCCCUCGCAGCAUCCCCGACUUCCGUACGCACCUGUCGCAGGACUGAGGUCCUUCCCCCCCACACUUUCCCAGGCGCACCACUACAGACAAGGGGUCAUAAGAGCAGCAGGGAGUUCUGGGAGCACAACGAGACGCAGGAACGACGAACAGUUGUCCCCGGAGGAGCUGGAGAGACGCAGGAUAAGGAGGGAACGGAACAAACACGCAGCUGCAAAGUGUCGCAACCGUCGACGCGAACUAACUGACACGCUGCAAAGCGAAACGGACGAGCUGGAAGGCAAAAAGUCCCGUCUGCAGAAGGAGAUUGCUGAACUACAGAAGGAGAAGGAGAAGCUGCAGUUAGUCCUAGAGGCCCACCGCCCCAUUUGCAAGAUCCAGGACUCUGACUCGGAUUCUGACCAGAGCUCAGACCUCCUCUCAUUGGGAGUGAUCAAAAUCGAGCCUGAGCUUUCUCACCUACCAGGGCCCUCAGCAAAGAGCCAAUUAAAGAUUGAGAAGCCCAAACCCAAAAUUACCAUCCCCGUCGGCCUAGCUACCGCCUCCGCCGUUGCCACGGAAUCAGAGUCCCUCCACACCCCGAUUCUGAUCUCUACUCCAACUCUUACGCCGUUUACGGCUAGUUUGGUGUUCAAUUAUCCUUCCGGCUCCCUGGAUUCCAGUUCCACUACUUCAUCCCAGGUCCUACCAGCUCCGUCAUCUUCCUCUCAAGUCGGUACCGCCCAGCAGUCUCGAAACACCCAGCCCUGUAGUAUCGCACAUCGUCGUAGCAGCAGCAGUGGGGACCAAUCAGAUCACUCCUUAAACUCCCCUACCGUCAUUACACUGUGACCAGGGUAAUCGGAAAGGACUAAACGACAAAACACAGACGGUUAUGAAGAUGGCGACGAUGCUAUAGGUCACAUUCACUAAAGUAACGAUAUGCUAAAAGCAGAUAUUUCCUCUGUGACUUCACAUUUGCUGAUAGCCCCUAGACACACUAAAGCUAACCCACUGACAAAGAAAAAGCAUGAGGUUAAUGAACAAAUAUUUAAAGUAUUAUUUUGUUACACUGUUUUUUUCUUUUCUCUGACGUAAGUGACUCCUGACCCUAUAUAUAUGUUAUUAUCAAAUCCCAAAAUGUAGAAUUUAGCUAAAUGUGCAAACAGAAAUACAAAAGCUUGUAUUGUAGGAACUAUAGCCAUGUUCAUUAAAGAUUGUAUAUGAACCACAGCCUUUAUUACCUAUAACAACUUGGUAGGCUAGUACAUUGUAAUUAACACUUCAAUGUUGUUUGACCAUAUAUAAUUAAUGCAUGCAAAGUUUUAUAUAAACCCUCUUAUGUAUGCUAGCUAUCUUUAUAUAAACAGUGCAUUCAGAGUUUUCGUAUUGUAUCUUUCAUACAAUAUAAUUUAUUUGACUGAAUGCAAAACUGCAUUAUUUAGGAGAGAAUUUGAAAAACAACUAAGGCAGGACCAUAGGAAAAUAAAUAUAGAAUAUAUAAAAAUGUAUUUAUUGUUGAGAGUGUGCUAUAUUUUUUAUAAUGUCUGUUCACCCAUGUGAGAGUCUAGUGGGCAGUGCCUUCAUUUAGAUGCGAUUAUACAAAAUUGGACAAUAAAGAAACGAUAAAGACAAAGUUCAGUUGUGAAUGUUUGAGGAAAUUAUUGUAUAGAUAAUUGUGUCAGUGUUUAAAACUUUUAAAAUAUGAUAUGCUAUAAAACAUCACUCUGGAAGUGGUUCCAUCUCACUGAAUGG